AUGGUCUUUGUGCCCUGUCUUGUUUUGUCAGCUCAGUUUCUUUUCCUUUAUUCACUCUUGUCUUUCACAUUUACUACAUCUUUUCCUUUAACUCACCCAAAAUGUCUUGAAGAUGAAAGUCAUGCCUUGUUGCAAUUCAAGGAAGGCUUUAACAUCAAUAUGACUGCCUCUUGGAAUCCUUCCAGUUAUCCUAAGACAGCGUCCUGGAAUGCAAGCACCGAUUGCUGCUCUUGGGAUGGCAUUCAAUGUGAUGAGUACACAAAUCGAGUGAUUCACAUUGAUCUUAGUAGCAGCCAACUAUAUGGUACAAUGAAUGCAAAUAACACUCUCUUUUCCCUUACACGCCUUCAAAGUCUUGAUCUUUCUGACAAUGACUUCAAUUACUCUCAAAUCCCACCCGAGAUAGGAGAGCUUUCACAAUUAAGAUAUUUGAACCUUUCUCACGCAACCUUUUUUGGCGAAAUUCCACCACAAGUUUCACAGCUGUCCAAGUUGUUAUCUCUGGAUCUAAGCCUCCAUGCUACAACAAUUCUUCAAAGUAGUAGAGUCAAUCUGCUGCAACUCAAAGAAUCCAGUCUCAAAAGCAUAAUUCAAAACGCAACAAAACUUGAAAUACUUCGACUUAGUUAUGUGACUAUUUUAUCCCCUUUACCAGAAAAACUCACAAACCUAACUUCAUUGCAAGUACUAUCUCUUUACAAUUCUGAAUUGUAUGGUGAAUUUCCAGCUGGAGUAUUUCAUCUUCCAAACUUGAAAUUUCUGGAUUUGAGAUAUAAUUCAAAUCUCAAUGGUAGGUUGCCUGAGUUUCAGUCUAGUUCACUUACCGUACUAGGACUAGAUGAGACAGGUUUCUAUGGUACACUUCCAGUAUCCAUUGGAAAGCUUAGUUCUUUAAAUAUCCUAUCAAUUUCAACUUGCCAUUUUUGGGGGUAUAUUCCUUCUUCCUUAGGCAACCUCACACAACUCAUGCAAAUAAACCUUCAAAAUAACAAACUUAGUGGUGACCCUUCAGCAUCCCUUACAAAUCUUACCAAACUAAGCAAAUUGUUAGUUGGUCAUAAUGAAUUUACUUUCGAGACUAUCUCAUGGAUUGGUAAGCUCUCAUCAUUAACUGUCUUGGAGAUAUCCUCAGUCAAUAUUGGAAGUGACAUCCCAUCAUCAUUUGCAAAUCUCACCCAACUAGAAACAUUAAAUGCAGAUAAUAGCAAUAUAAAGGGUGAAUUUCCAUCUUGGAUGAUGAACCUAACAAAUUUAGCUGUCUUGAGCCUAUUCCGCAAUUUUUUGUCUGGAAAGCUAGACCUUAACAUGUUUCUCAAGCUGAAAAAUCUUUUUUAUCUUGAUUUAUCAUUCAACAAAAUCUCAUUGUACAAUGGCAAAAGUUUAUCCCAUAUGACCAAAUCUCGAAUUCAAAUCUUACAAUUGCAGUCAUGCAAUUUAAUUGAGUUUCCAACAUUUAUAAGAUAUUCCAGUGAUUUACAAAUUCUUGACUUGUCAAACAACAGCAUAACAUCGCUACCUAGUUGGUUGUGGAGAAAGUCAAGUCUACAAAUCUUAGAUGUUUACGACAAUUCAUUGACAGGAGAAAUAUCCCCAUCCAUAUGCAAUCUCAAAUCUCUCAUCCAACUUGAAUUAGGAUUCAACAGUUUAAGUGGCAAUGUUCCCUCAUGUAUAAUUAACUUUACCCCAAAUCUACAAGUUUUGACGUUACAAGGAAACAAAUUGUCUGGUCUCAUUCCUCAAACUUUCCAGAUGGAAAAUACCCUUAAGAUGAUUGAUUUCAGCAACAACAAUCUCCAAGGUCAGUUGCCAAGAGCAUUGGUCAACUGUGGAAGUCUAGAGUACUUUGAUAUUAGCCAUAACAAUAUCAACGAUUCUUUUCCAUUCUGGUUGGGAGAUUUACCUGAAUUGAAGGUAUUGGCUUUGAGUAACAAUGAAUUUCAUGGAGACAUUAGGUGCCCUGACAACAUGACAUGCACAUUUCCAAAGCUUCACAUCAUUGAUCUUUCUCACAAUGAGUUCUCUGGAAGUUUUCCAUCAGAAAUGAUCCAGACUUGGAAAACAAUGAAAACAUCCAACACAAGUCAAUUACAAUAUGACAAAUCCUCAAUAUUCUAUUCGUUCUACAAGUCAGGAGGAACUUCGACGACAGAAAGUCUUACUUAUUCGUUCAGAAUGUCAAACAAAGGGAUGGUCAUGGUUUAUGAGAAGCUUCAAGAGUUUUACAGUAUGAUAGCCAUUGAUAUGUCAAGCAACAAAAUAAGUGGAGAGAUACCAAAAGUCAUAGGUGACUGGAAGAGUCUUGUUUUGCUUAACUUGUCAAAUAACAACCUUAUUGGCAGCAUACCAUCUUCUUUAGGGAAGCUUUCAAACCUUGAAGCACUGGACCUUUCUUUCAACGGUCUUUCAGGAAAAAUUCCUCAACAGUUGACACAACUCACCUUUCUAGAGUUUUUGAAUGUGUCCUUCAACAAUCUCACAGGUCCUAUACCACAAAAUGAGCAGUUUUCUACAUUCCUAGAAAACUCAUUUGAGGGAAACCAAGGUUUGUGUGGGGAUCAAUUGUCAAAGAAGUGUACAGAACAUCCGGGGCCUUCUUCCUCUGAUGGUGACCAUGACUCGGAAUCUUUCAUUGAAAUUGAGUGGAAAGUAAGUUUGAUUGGUUAUACAGGUGGUCUUGUUGCUGGAGUAGCAUUAGGAAUCAGUUACAGCUCACAGGUACUUCGGUGGCUUAGAAGAAUAUUCUGA